GGAGGAACAGAAGGAAAUGCUGUUUACAGAUUCUUAAGCCAACUGAAGUGCCUUCAUCAUUUUCUGUCUGGAAGAGAGAUUCAGAGAGGGAGCUCAGAGCGACAGUUCAAGACAGGCAUUUCCUGUGGUCAAGUGGAUCCGAGCAGCCUGCAGCCAUGGGACAGGGCCUAGGGAUCAAGUGCUGUGACUUCCAUGCAGCGAGAAACAAUGCCGAGCACCACACCCAAGACAUCAGCUCCCAGCGUCUUACAGUGAGGAGGGGGCAGCCCUUCACCAUCAGCCUGCACUUCCAAGCUCCAGUCCACACAUUCCUGAGCACCAUGAAGAAGAUAGUCCUCGUGGCACGAACUGGAGAGCAGCCUUCCCAGGCCAACAGGACCCAAGCCACGUUCUCAAUUUCCAGUCUGGGGAAUGCAAAGUCAUGGAGUGCAAGGGUCAAGGAGAGAGAUGACCAAUCCUGGACCAUCUCUGUGACCACACCUGCAGAUGCUGUCAUUGGCCACUACUCACUUCUGCUGCAGGCCUCAGGCAGGGAGCAAUGCCUGGGCCAGUUCACCCUCCUCUUUAACCCCUGGAGUCAAGAGGAUGCUGUAUUCCUGGGGAAUAAGGCUCAAUGCAGCGAAUAUGUACUGAACCAGAACGGCCUCAUCUUCAUGGGCACAGCUGACUGCAUCGAGGCCAUGCCCUGGGAUUUUGGCCAGUUCGAGGAGGAUGUCAUUGACCUCAGCCUAAAGUUACUGAGCGUGAACAAGCAGGUGGAGGAGUGGGGAGAUCCUGUGCAUGUGGCCCACACCUUGGGCACAUUGCUGCAGGUGCUCAAGGAGAAGAAUGUGCUGCCCACCUCACAGAUCCAGACUGCCCAGGAAAAGGCCUUGCUGUACAAGCGCCGGGGCAGCGCACCCAUCCUGCGGCAGUGGCUCACGGGCCUAGGGAGACCCGUGUACGAGAGUCAGGCCUGGGUGUUGGCUGCUGUCACUUGCACAGUGCUGCGAGGCCUGGGAAUCCCUGCCCGAGUUGUUACCACGUUCACUUCAGCCCAGGGCACCGGUGGGAGCCUGCUGGUGGAUGAGUUCUACAGCAAGGAGGGCCUUCAGAAUGGAGAGGGCCAGAGAGGCAGAAUCUGGAUCUUCCAGACAUCCACGGAGUGCUGGAUGAAACGGCCUGCUCUGCCCCAGGGUUAUGAUGGAUGGCAGAUUCUGCACCCUAGUGCCCCCAGUGGAGUUAGAGUUUUGGGGGAAUGUGAUCUGGUCCCAGUCAAAGCGGUCAAGGAAGGGACAGUGGGGCUGACCCCUGCGGUACUGGAUAUUUUUGCCUCUGUAAACGCCUCAUGUGUGGUCUGGAAGUGCCGUGAGGAUGGGACACUGGAGUUGACCGAGUCCAACACUAAGUAUUGUGGAAACAACAUCAGCACCAAGGUUGUGGCCAGUGACCGCUGUGAAGACAUCACACAGAACUACAAGUACCCUGAAGGAUCUCCUAAAGAAAAAAAGGUGCUGGAGAAAGUUUGGAAAAACAGAAAGAAACAUGGGAAAGUCCGUGACGUCUAUCCUCCCAGUCUCGAGACUGGCGAUCCUCUCCACUUUUUUUUGGAAGCGCCCAGCUCCCUACCUCUGGGAGGGGAUGCCCGGAUCUCCGUGAACUUGAUAAACCCCAAUGACUAUGAGAAGGAAGUGAAGCUGGCACUCGGGCUGCAGGCGAUGUACUACAAUGGCGUCCUUGCUGCCACGCUCUGGAAGGAUCAGUUUCUCCUCACAGUCGAGGCCAACUCGGCUAAGAAAAGACACUCCUUCCUGUCCUUCUCCAAUUUUGAACAAAACCCACCAGAGAAUACAUUGCUCAGACUCACCGCCAUGGCAACGCACUCCACGCUUACCUGCUUUGAUCAGAAAGACAUCGCCAUUUGCAGGCCACAACUUGCCAUCGAGAUGCCAGAGACAGCAGUGCAGCAUCAACCCCUAACGGCCUCAGUCAGCAUCCACAACACCCUAGAUGCUCCCCUGAAUGACUGUGUCAUCUCCAUCUUCGGAAGGGGCCUCAUUUACAGAGAGAAGAGCUACAGAUUAAGUUCAGUGCAGCCUGGAUGCACCGUGUGCACCAAACUCCAGUUCACACCAAUGCACGUGGGGCUCCAGAGGCUCACGGUGGAAAUGGACUGCAACAUGUUCCAGAACCUAACCAACUUCAGAAGUAUCACUGUAGUAGCCCCUGAACCUCCAGCUUAAACUUCCAGCUCCGCAUCGCUCCCCCCAACAACCCCUUUGAAUCUACAAUUGAAAACCAAAUGUGCUGGGAAGAGACACUUUGCUUAUCAGACAAAUGAAUCUCCGGGAUGAGUCUAAGAGUCGGAGAACAAAAUCAGAGUCCCAGAAAUCAAUAGGAAAGAUAUUCAUUUCUAUCACAAGGCACCCAUGAAGACUAGCUGCUUAAAAGAGAAACUAAUGGGCUUGAGGAAUAAAAAGACUUUGUGGAGUUUCCUGGUGGCACAAGGAGUUAAAGGUCCAUCACUGUCACUGCUGUAGCUUGGGUCACUGCUGUUCCCGACCUAGGAAUUUUUGCAUGCCGUGUGUGUGGUUAAAAACAAAAAACAAACAAAAAAAGCCCCCUUUGUAAAGGUACUCCAAUAAAUAAACUCAGAUUUUUCAAGUUCA